CAUUUUGGGGAUACAUAAACACAUUUUUUGUUUACGCCUACGUUUAUUUGCAUGGCACUUGCCUUUUUACUUUUACUGUGCUUGCUUUUUCUAAUAUUUAUGUUAUUUUUUGGAUUCCCCAAUUUGCUUUUUUUUAAAAAAAAAAACAGCACAUGCUCAUUGUUUGUGCGCAGCUGGCAUCAUCCGCCACAGGCAUUUGGCAUGCUCAAUUACUUUUUUAUUUUUGUCACGCACAAUAAGCGCAUAUGCAGACAUUGAGCAGUUUGUUUUCUAUAGCUCGUCUUGGACUCUCCUCGGCGCAGUGUAUUGA